AUGGCUUUUUGUCAGAAAAGGGAGACGCUUCUCAGCGCGAUUCGGUUUGAACUAGUUCGCACAUCAGUAAACGAGGUGAAGUCUAAUGCGGAGAUUUUUUUGAAUGGCGAGACGCCUACUCGUUUAGAAAGCUCAGCUCGCAAGCCGUCGACGGAGUGUCUUGAUCCAUUUGGAGACUUGCCAUUAUCGAUGUCCGCUAGCCUUGGACCACAAACAAGAGAUGCUCAGAUUCAAAAUGAACAGUACAAGGGAAGGAAAGACUCGAAAAAUGACGACUACGUUGCAAGCUCGGAUGAUUUGCACGAAGACUCAGACGAUAUCUCUAGUGAGAAGAUUCACGCGCUGGAAGCCAAUGAUAAAGAUUUGCUGAAUGGUGUUUCCCGUGAGAUUUAUUCACCGGGGGGUCGAAAUGUUAGGCCAGCGGGAGAAGGCGUGCAUCCCACUGUAUUGUCCGCAGCAUCAAGUGUAAAUACAAGUUCUCUCAUCCCAGAAAAUGUUUCCAAAGAAGAUGAUCCGGACUUAGCGCCUGUCUCAUUAAAUUCCAGUAUUGCUCGCACAAAAAGCUUUAUAUUUAAGAACACGGUGCCAUCAGAUAAAGAAAUGGAUGCUUUUGGUUUCCAGAGUCAGCUGGACUCUGAUGAUUAUUUCUCGUCUGAUUCAGAAUUGUCUAGCUCGGGCGAGGAUGGAUCGAGUCCAAAAUGGUCGCGAAGCCUAACUUUGUAUGCUGAAAAUUCUUGGCAUCAGGCGGCGACCAGCAACUCCAGCCCUUCGAGGUAUUCCAAACCAAAGAUGCCAGAAACAAAAUCGAGCUCGGAGUCGAAAGGAGGUCGGGAGAUACUUUUCACUAAGGAGAAAGCAGGCUCUUCUUUAAUGCAGAAGCACUCCAAUCUUACUGAUUUGCUAAACGAAAAUUUUGGACUCGAAGAUGAUUCAUCGAAUGCUCCUCACAAUGAUAAGGCACUCCGUUGUUUGAUCGCCGUUCCUCGACUAGCCAUUGGUUUUGAAAACCCCAUACAAAUAAAAGUAGAUGAGUCGUUUGCGGUGGAGGAUGUUGUUCAAACUUCGCUAUCCCAAAUUAGGAGAUUGAAUCUUAAAAAGGGCCGCCCUUUUGCUGUCGAUCUGGAUUCGAAGCUGUGGAAUCUAUAUCUAGCUGACGACGACGGGCAGAUUGAUGACGACAUGGGGCCUCUGGAGAGAGAUAGGUUACUCAUCUCUUAUUGUGCUGACGAGUUCGUCUUGGACUUCAAAUCCAAGGACGACAACUCACGAAAUAUUUCGAGAGGCCCGGGUGUUGCCAAUUCGAGCGCAUUCAAAGACACUACAGAUACAGGACCCGGGUCACUAGAGACUCUCGGGUCUGUGAGAAUUGCUCCUUUGAACUCUGUUUUGCAUGCUACUUCCAUAGGGUCAGGAAUCACCUUUGACGACAGAAAGACAAAAUGCGAUGCUCAUAUCAAUUCAGAUACAAGGCCUGUUUCUGGGAAGCAUAGUCAGCAGGAGAGUGCUAUUGAACCAAUGAUAAUGAAAGCCUCAGACAAGGCGUAUGUGGGUAAUGACAUGGAAUCAAUUAAUGAAACAGUGCAUCCAAUUUCAUCUCAUCAAGUCUCUAGAAGGAAGAAAAAAUUUCAAACUUUGCUUCAAUUGACAGGUCUCAAUGGAAAUGAGCCCCAUAUAUCUGGUGCAAAUCAGGGAGACUCUCAAAAUAUGAAAGAUCGAGGCUAUUUAGGUUCGGGUACGUAUUAUCGAUGGACUAUUUGGCGGCGCCAACAAAUGUCUUUCAAAGGCAGAUAUCCCAAAUCUCUUGUGAUAGAUGGGCAUCAAGUAUACAUUCUGCCGUUCAAUGAAUCAAAAGGAUCUUGGUACGAAUCAAAAACAACUAGUUUCGAUUUUAAUCAAAUCAUCAAGGUGAAGCAAAAUCCUCGCAUUCCUCACUAUUUCAAAAUAGUUGUCAUGAAGCAAAACCAUGAGGCUCCAAAGACAUACCAUUUGGAAGCGGCUAAUGCCACGGAGUCUAGAGUUAUUGUCAAAACUUUCAAUCUGUUAAUGGAAAAAUUCGUACCCACAAAUGGGAAAACAUAG